GGCCACGCCUCUUCCGCCGCGCAGCUCAGCCGCCGCGUGUGGACGGCUCUCGCGGUUGGGGCCUGGUUUCUCUAAACUCUUAACCUUGGUGUCCGGACUGGCGAGAUGGCGGCGGAGGUGUUGCCGAGUGCGAGGUGGCUGUACUGUGGGGAGCCCGACGAGAGCCAGAGAGCAGUACUGGUCCAGUUCUCCAAUGGGAAGCUGCAGAAUCCAGGCAACAUGCGUUUUACUUUGUACAAGAGUAAUGACUCCACAAACCCCAGGAAGAAGAGUCAGCGGAUCCUAGCAGCUGAAACAGACAGACUUUCCUACGUGGGAAACAAUUUUGGGACUGGAGCUCUCAAAUGCAACACUUUGUGCAGGCAUUUUGUGGGAAUUCUGAACAAGACCUCUGGCCAGAUGGAGGUGUAUGAUGCUGAGUUGUUCAACAUGCAGCCCCUGUUUUCAGAUGAAUCAAUUGAGAGUGAAUCGACACAAGAGAGUGAGACCAAAACUUUUAGAGAAAAGAUGGAUUCUUGCAUCGAAGCCUUUGGAACCACCAAACAGAAGCGGGCUUUGAACUCCAGAAGAAUGAACAGAGUUGGCAGUGAAUCUCUGAAUUGUGCCGUAGCUAAAGCUGCAGAGAAUAUUAUUGAUGCAAAGGGUGUAACUGCUCUGGUCAAUGAUGCCAUCCAUGAUGACCUGCAAGAUGACUCCCUCUACCUUCCUCCCUGCCACGCUGAUGCAGCCAAGCCUGAAGACGUGUAUAAAUUUGAAGACCUUCUCUCCACCGCAGAGUAUGAAGCUCUUCAGAGCCCAUCGGAAGCUUUCAGGAAUGUCUCAUCAGAGGAAAUACUGAAGAUGAUUGAAGAGAACAGCCACUGCUCCUUUGUCAUAGAAGCGUUGAAGUCUUUGCCAUCAGAUGAGGAGAGCCGAGACCGCCAGGCCCGAUGCAUAUGGUUUCUGGACACACUCAUGAAAUUUCGAGCACAGAAAGUGAUUAAGCGGAAAAGUGCCCUGGGGCCUGGAGUCCCCCACAUCAUCAACACCAAACUGCUGAAGCACUUCACCUGCUUGACCUACAACAACGGCAGCCUCCGGAACUUAAUUUCGGAUUCUAUGAAGGCAAAGAUCACUGCAUAUGUAAUCAUACUUGCCUUGCACAUAAGCGACUUCCAGAUUGACCUGACUGUGUUACAGAGAGACUUGAAGCUCAGUGAGAGAAGGAUGAUUGAGAUGGCGAAAGCCCUGAGGCUGCAGAUCUCUAAAAGAAGGGUGUCUCUAGCAGCUGGUGGGGAAGAGAGUCACAAACUGGGCACUCUGUCCAUCCCGCUGCCUCCAGCCCAGACCUCGGGACACCAGUCGAAGCGGAGGAGAAUCACCUAGAAGCAUGCUUUCCACAUAGAGCGUUUUGGCCACACACAGCCACUACUUCUGUUCAUUUCCAUUUUUAUUUUUACAGUGAGAAGGAAAAAGAAGCCUUGCUCUGGCGUGGGUAUGAAGCCAGAAGGCAGCAUCUAAAGUUGUGCUGGUCUUCAGCGGAAACGUAAAGUGAUGGCCAUGUUGGACUUGACCUCUCCUCUUUGGCGUUGCUGUGAUUAUGUGGCAGCUGAUUCCUAUGGGAGGGUGGGGCCUGGGGAAGUCAGAGUCUACAGAUCUUACAGGCUGCACCCCAUGCAGAUCUAAUGGGUAAUUGUUAAUAAAGAGAAACAUGAAGUGCCGUGCUUAGCCUGGAAGGGCCAUCAGAGUCCAUGGUGAGGAUACAGCCCAGCUGGGCUGGAAGAGGAGGCCUCGGGCUUGCUCAGUAGCUAGCUAUGGGUCGCCUGUGCUGUGGGGCUGCCAGAGGAGGCCCAUGAGUCUGAGGCUGCCGUCACAGUGGAGCCAAAUCCAAGGAAGUGCUUAGCCCCGCCAGUCGCUCUGCCUGGCUCGGGCCACACACAGGGCAGGGGGCAGCUCCGAAAGCUCAUUCUUGGGAGAGAGGAAGCAGAGUGAAGGACGGAAAACACAUUGUUCUAGAUCUCUUUAAAAGGGGAUUUCAUACAUGGACAGAAAGCUGUAGAACUGUGAAAGGGCUGCGCGUGUGGGAAUCUGGAGGUGGCCCUUGGAACUGCUAGGUUCAAGAGCACACAGCGGAGGCUGCUCCUCAGGCCAGGCAUGGAGAUGCCCCUCCUGCCCGACACUGCUGCUUGGGUCCCUGCAGCCGGUGACGGCACCGCAGUGCUGAGUGUGGCCACCCCUGCUUGCAGUACCCACAGUUCCACUCCUUUGCCAAUCAGCACAAACAGCCAAAAGAUCAAGAUGCUGGCCUCUCUUGCUUCCUUCUUUGAGCAUUUGACCCUUGAACAACCCAGGGUGGGGGGCGCCAACCCCUCACACGGUCAAAAAUCCGUGUCAUUUUGACUCCCCCCAAGCUUUACUAAUAGCCUGCUCUUAACUGUAAGCCUCGCUGGUGAACAGUCAGUUCACACAUACUUUGUAUGUUACACAGAUCACACACUAUGUUCUUACAAUAGAGUAAGAUAGAAAAGAUGUUAGGAAAAUAGAGUACUUUAUUUAUUGAAAAAAAAUUCACAUGUUCAGUGGGCCCACGCAGUUCAAACCCAUGUUGUUCAAGAGUCAACUGUAAUUUCAUAAUUUUCUACCAGGCACAUGUAUUACUUUUAUAAUCCGCAGGGGUAAAUGAAUGUUAGUUUAAGAAGAGAGAAGCUACUGGAGAGCACUGUUUGAGCUUCAGAGGUUGAAAGCAAGAUGGCGACUUGACUAUGGUUUAUCUUGCAAAUGCCAGACAGGUAGUAUUUUCAUAAGGAAGAGUGGUCUUGGGUCCAUUUGCAUGAGUGUAUUUAUAGAUGUGAAAGCUUUGGGGGAAGGAAAUUGAUUUUUUGUUUCCCCUUGAACUUUUGAAAUUAUUCUUUCCAUUGCAGUUGUAAUUGAGCCCAUGGAGGUAUUCUUAUUUCUUCCUUUCUUGGGCACCGUGUUAGACCUAAAAAUGUUAACUGGCAUAGGAUGUGGGUUUUGCUAAAAUGACUCCCCUUGAAGUCUUCACUGGACUCUCGAGUGCGUAAAAAAUGGGGUCCCAAGGAAGACCACCUUCUGAAAUCUUCUUGCUCUUCUGCCUGGUUCAUUUUACCCCUGUGCUCUGGCAACCUCGGAGAACCAGUCAGAAACAAGCCUGGCAUCAUUGGGAUUGAAGGCUCCAUCAGCCCCAGGUAAGGGGUUCAGGGUGAGGCACCUGCGCUGGGCGCUCUCUGUUGGAAAGGUUUAUGUAGAGGCCAAUCUGGCAUCACCUUACCCUGUGGACGUAACAUUAGUCUGCAGAAAAAGAUCAGAGCUGGGUAGAAUCUCUUUAGAUAUUAAUAAUAGUGAUGGCUUUUGCCACACAUCUCCAAAGAGCUCAGAGCAUUUCAGACAUUACCUCAUCACUAAUUUUCACAGUGUUCUUGGGUGAGAAGCGAUGGCAAGUAUUAUGGUCUCCAUUUGGGGCAGAAGGCAGCAAAUGCUUCAGAUAGUGGAGCUGAACUCAGGAGUGGUUCUGACCAGAUACCAACUGAUAAGAGUUGGGGCAUAUUUUUGUGGCAUAUUCUAUGAUUGUCGUAUAUUUCACACACAUGAACUUGCCUUCCUGCAUUUUGCUCCACAGCAUUAAUGAGGGUCUAUGUAAGCAAGGUGCAGUGCUGAGCACUGUGGCUAGAGGUGAAGUUUAUCUCCUUAGGCCUAUCCUUUAGGCCUUUGGUAAUGGGGCUACAUGCACGUCCUACCCUAAGUCCCUCAAACCUAUUUCACAUAGCCUUGGUCCCUGCAUCCUUAUUCCUGGUCUUUUAAGUUAGCCUUCUACCAUCUCCCCUUCUGUGCACUUUCUGUGCCCUCCCCCCCGCAGCCCUGCAGGUGUCACUUUCCUUCCUGGCCUGGUCCCCUUGCCCCACAAAGCCUGCCCUGAUACCCCCCUACUGUAGCCACAGCUGGACGUGAGCUCCCAUCACCAAACAUUCCCAGCCCCUCUGCUGAGGCCCUUACUAAUCUCUACUUGGUUAUUUAUUAUUAAUAUCAGAGACCGUGAGAGAGGGAACACAAGCAGGGGGAGCUGGAGAGAGAGAAGCAGACUCCCCGCUGAGCAGGCAACCUGAUGGGCUCGAUCCCAGGACCCUGAAAUCAUGACCUGAGCUGAAGGCAGGCGCUUAAUGACUGAGCCACCCAGGUGCUCCACUACUUGGUAUUUUAGUGACUUACGUACACUGCUCACUGACAUUUCGUGACUGCAGGGAUGGUCCGGUUCAUCUUUGUGCGUCUCUCAGUGACUUGCCCCCAUUAGAUAUGCAAGUACUCAUCGGAUAAAGGAGUGAAACUGGCAUCAUUCCACGCCGGCGUUCACCAGUUUGUGCAGAGUUCUGGGGGCGUGCAGGGGACCUGGAGCACCGAUAGAACCCUGCUGGGCCUGCCCCCUGGCUGCCUACAUGCCUGUUCUGUCCUCUCAGCACCCACACCCCGUUCCAUCCUGUCCCCCCACCUACGGCCGGUUGUGUGAGGCCGGGCAGGUCAUUUAAUCUUCCCGUGGCGUCGUUGCCCCAUCUGUUGAGGGGGAUAAUGUGUUUGAGGGUGACCUACCUCCCCAGGAGGCCGGGAGGCUUAUCGACUUAAUGCCGAGCUGCUCGCUUUAACCCGAGGCAGCUGGGCAGACCCAGCAGGCCAGCCGGCACGUUCUCUGUUGCCUGUGGCCCAGCGGCAGCCGGUUGCCGUCGAGAACCUGUAGGGUCUCCUCUCGGGGCUGGUUCCGGUGGCUGAGGUCGGGGGAGGAGAGUGGCAUCUGGAGGGCUUCUGGGCCUGUGCUGCUGAAGGGGGAGAGAGGCCAGACCCCUGGGGUCGGGGGCAUGGCUGAGGCUGCCCAGGAUCCGCCUGAGAGCAGGCGCCGGGCCCCUGGGGGACCGUCCCACUUGGCCCCCAUGGUCCAGCGAUCCGCUUUACUUGGGCUCAUUGACGAGCUAUGGGAAGGUCAUUUGAUACUCCCCUUCUCGUGGCCACGAUCUUGGGAAGGUGGCCUUUUCUCUUUAAAAAGAGCUGGGAGCUGGGAGGCCCAGGAGCAGUGUGGGGAAGAGGGGCCGAUGGCUCUCCUUGGACGACUUCCCUCAGCUCGGCGCCACUGGUGAGUUGUGUUCUCAUUCUGGAACGUGUCCUGCUUUCUCUAGAUGGCUCGCAGAAAGGGAGCUGGGUUUUCAAAAUUGUAGCAUUUUUUAAAUGAAGUUUGUGAUUCCAGUUAGUUAGCACAGUGUUGUAUUAGUUUCAGGCGUACAAUAUAGUGAUUCAGCACUUCUCUACAGCGCCCUGUGCUCAUCAAG